ACUCCCCCCCCCCACCACCACCACCACACCACCACCCCACCGCUCCUUUCCUCUUGCGAACUUUGCUGCUCCCUUCGGCUCCCUUCCAUAACUCCUCGACCAGCACACACGCGCGCGCGCGCACGUAUCGCCGUUCUGCAAUCGGCUUGUCAGGCUGGCGGGGGGGUCGGGCGAACCUCUUGUGAACGUGAUGCUGGAGUCGUUUCGUGAUACAUAGGGGGGGGGGUUUUGUUGGUGGUUGUUGGGUGGAGAGGUGACAUCGGUGAGCGUCUAUCUCCCUUCUCUCUGGGCCGAACAAGCGCAACGUAGUCGCUCAACAGCAGCGGCAGACCGGAGAAACCUCGGCAGGAUCGGCGAGGAGAGGCGAGCGAGCGAGUCAGAGGCAUCGCCUCGCAGUCGGGAGAGGCUCGCAAAGAUGCGGUGGGUGACCGUGCUGUUCGCGUUAGCACUCUGCACGAGCACUGCCAAUGCGGGUAACAAGGUGUACGACGGACCGUGCAAUGGGCGCGACUGCUCCGGCGGCUGCAAGUGCUUCCCGGAGAAGGGGUCGAGGGGACAUCCAGGAUCCAUCGGCCCUCAGGGACCAAAAGGAGUUCCAGGCUUUCCAGGCCCCGAGGGCGUAUCAGGCGCCACGGGAAGGAAAGGAGAUGAAGGGACCCCAGGUUUUGCCGGGGAGAAAGGAGAAAAAGGCCCCAUUGGCGUCCCAGGCUUCCCUGGUAAUAAUGGUGUUCCGGGCCACCCUGGCCAGCCCGGAGUGAGGGGUAUCCCCGGCCUCGAUGGCUGCAACGGCACGAGGGGAGACGCCGGUUUCUCCGGAGAUGACGGAUACCCCGGAUCGUCGGGCCGCCCGGGAAUAGUUGGGCCUAAAGGCCAGAAAGGAGAACCUGUCACCACACCUCCUGGAUACAAGGGCGCGACGGGAGAGAAUGGCUACCCAGGACAAGAUGGGCUCCCCGGCCAGAGCGGAUUUGUGGGGCAACCAGGACCAGCCGGCACCCCAGGACCUCUGGGCUUCCCUGGUCCACCCGGCCCACCUGGCUUGCAAGGAGAAAUGGGCAACCCGGGUAUUGGACGCCAAGGAGAAAGAGGUGAAAAGGGUGAAGUCGGCCCUCCUGGUCCUCCCUGGAACGGCUCUCCAGUCAAGGGGCCUGGCACCAGCCCCCUGCUAAAGGGGCUGAGUGGAGACAAGGGAGACCGAGGCUUUGAUGGAAUUUCCGGCGCUUUCGGGAUACCUGGCGUCGACGGCCCCCCAGGGCCUCCUGGGCCGUUGGGAGAGAAAGGAAUUAUAGGUCUGCCUGGCCCAAGGGGUUUUCCUGGAGAGGAUGGAAUUCCUGGAAAACCAGGAACAAAGGGCUACAUGGGGAACCCUGGCAUCCCGGGAAAGAACGGCAAUCCUGGGAUUAAGGGCGACCGAGGAGAAAUAGGGCCCGCCGGUCCCACCAUUUUCCUGUCGCAAAAUGGAAUCACCAAAGGGCCCCCCGGUGACCCCGGUCCGAGUGGGCCCCGCGGCCUGCAGGGAGACCCUGGGUACCGGGGCCAACCUGGGCUGCCUGGGCAACCCGGCUCCCCAUCGUUUGGAAGAGGUGAGGCAGGGCGUAUUGGUGCCCCAGGAUCACCAGGGAUGCAGGGAGAGAAGGGAGAUGCCGGCCUUCCUGGCUACGGAUUGCCCGGUCUUCCUGGACUCGACGGAUCUCCCGGUUUCCCAGGGAUUUCUGGGCCCCCGGGCAUUCCUGGACAAUUAAUAAUAGACCCUAACUACGGGGGUGGCGGACAAGUUGGAGACCCAGGCCCCAGGGGGUCUCACGGACAUCCUGGGUCGGCCGGUGACAAAGGAGAUCAAGGAGACCCGGGCGACUGCGCCUGUGAUGGUGGCGAUGGUGACUCCGGAUUUCCUGGACCGCCAGGGUUAGCCGGUCCACCAGGGCAACCAGGAAACCCAGGUUAUCCCGGGCAGAAUGGGUUACCCGGAGAUCCCGGCUUCCCCGGCAAUCCUGGCCAGCAAGGAAGUCGGGGUUUUCCUGGAGAGUUUGGUAUUCAAGGACCCAAAGGACAGAAAGGAGACUCGUACAUCCCAACGUUGAAAGGUCCCAAAGGAAACCGUGGCGAUCCAGGAUUCCCGGGGACUUCAGGAGCACCAGGCCAGCCCGGCAGAGAUGGGUUCCCAGGACAGCCGGGUGCAAAAGGGCGUCCCGGCGAUGGUGGGCAGGGCCUGGUUGGUGACAAGGGAAUGCCAGGCUUCCCAGGAGUUCCAGGCCAGCCUGGAGCGAUUGGAUCAACGGGACCAGGAUUCCCAGGAGCUACAGGCCCCCGAGGGCCCGCAGGAGAGCCCGGACAAGAAGGAUAUCCUGGGCCCAUCGGACCUCCAGGAAUGCCAGGCGAUGUCCUGCCGUGUGUGAUUCCUGGACCGGCCGGGAGCUCAGGCCCCCCGGGACUUCCAGGAGGUCAAGGCCCGAAGGGGCAGUCUGGUUUCCCGGGAGUCCCCGGGCAGCCUGGAUUUACCGGGCCGAAGGGACAGCCUGGUGACCCAGGCUGGAUUACGUCCCCUGGUUCGCCAGGCCAACAAGGUGAGCGGGGCGACCCAGGAGUACCCGGUUCUCCGGGUUUCUCGGGACAGCCCGGUCCGCCGGGGAAUCCUGGAUUGCCCGGAGUCCACGGAGCAAAGGGCGAGAGAGGCGACGUUCUGUUCGCCACUCCCGGAGAACCCGGGGAUCCGGGGAGACCGGGAUUUUUGGGAAUCAAGGGAGAACGGGGCACGCCAGGCCGGCCCGGCAUGUCAGGAGGGGACGGCCGCCCCGGCGGUAACGGAUUCAAGGGAGAACGAGGCAAAGACGGGCAGCCAGGCUUCCCCGGGAGCCCCGGACCCCCCGGCAUUCCCGGGGGUGACGGAUUCCCAGGGCCGCCUGGGCCUCCUGGUCCGCUUGGCCCACCUGGAAGAGCAGGUUGCCAAGGCAGGCCUGGUCUGAAGGGCUCUCCUGGUGACAGUGGCAUUCCAGGCCCCUUCGGGAUGAAGGGAUUGCCAGGGCCACCUGGGUUUGCAGGCCAACCAGGAUCCAAGGGCUUUCCUGGCCCUCCAGGGAGCCCUGGGUUAAAUGGCGUUCCUGGAUCUUCUAGUGUGAAAGGUGCACAAGGUAGCCCUGGUGUGGACGGCUUUCCUGGGAUGCCUGGACAGAAGGGUUCCCCAGGAUACCAAGGGGUAAAAGGGCAGCCCGGCCCACCAGGAUUCCGGGGCAGCAAAGGUCCCUUUGGCCCCAGUGGACAAAAAGGUGAUCGCGGUGAUCCUGGCCUGCCAGGAGAUUUUACACAUGUUCUACCAUCUGAGCUACGUGGAGAUCUGGGUGAUCCGGGUUCGCCAGGUGUUCCGGGCUUCACCGGACCAAGGGGUGAUGAAGGCAUGCCCGGUUUCCCUGGAAGCCCCGGGUCCCCAGGCCGCCCAGGCAGCCCCAAUUUCAGUAAAGGUCCCCCCGGAGACCCUGGCCGCCAAGGUGGCCCCGGCUCCCCUGGGUUCCCUGGCCCCAGAGGCAGCCCCGGCAUCGUGGGUUUCCCAGGCUUGGUCGGGGAGCAGGGGCAGCCGGGCAGCUAUGGCCCUGCAGGGCAACCAGGUUUCCCAGGAUCGCCUGGCAUCAAAGGUGAUCCUGGUGAUGCCACGGGAUUCCCUGGGCCACCAGGCCGCAAAGGAGAGAAAGGAAAUCGUGGUGUGGAUGGAGAUAGUUUUUCUUUCGGACCGCCCGGAGAUCGGGGCAGCGAUGGCCAGCAGGGCGCCUGCGGUGAAAAUGGACUUCGCGGGGACCCGGGGCGAGCUGGCCAACCUGGGUUCCCCGGGCUGAAGGGAAUGCCCGGAUUCGACGGGCGGCCAGGGUUGGAUGGACAACCCGGAAAUCCGGGUUUCCCUGGGUCUCCUGGAGGCCCCGGCCAGAAAGGUUUCCCUGGGGCUCCGGGCCUCCAUGGCUUGAAUGGGCUUCCAGGACCCAAGGGCCCUCCAGGGGCACAAGGUCCGUCUGAGCCAGGUCUGCCCGGGCCACCAGGCUUCCCAGGCUUGAAGGGAAUGGAGGGGGAGCCAGGCAGAGGGGGUAACGAGCUCGGGCCAACAGGCCUCAAAGGGUCCAAGGGCGACCCAGGGUGCACCGGUCCGAAUGGCCGGCCCGGCAUCCCGGGCCCUCCGGGCCAACCUGGCUUCAUAACCGGAGAUCGUCCUGGCCCGCCUGGGAACGUCGGCUCACCCGGUCCAAGCGGACCUCCAGGUCGCCCAGGGCCCCCCGGAGCGCCCGGACUUCCGUCCCUUCAGGUCGAGAAGGGAGAACCAGGAUACCCGGGAAUACCGGGAGGACAAGGGCCGCCAGGAUUCCGCGGGAACGAUGGUCUUCCUGGGAUUCCGGGGCCUCCCGGUCCUUCCGGGCAAAAGGGUCUGAAAGGAGACCCUGGCCAAAUGGGAUUCCCUGGCAGAGAUGGCCUUUUGGGUGACCCAGGAUACACGGGAACAAAAGGGGCCAUGGGUAAUUCAGGGCCACCAGGCCCUCCAGGCCCUCCUGGCCCAAUUCCAAGGCCAGAAGACAUCUACAUUCCUCCCGGAAUCCCUGGAACCCCAGGCACACCUGGAGCCAUGGGAGAGGAGGGUGAAUCCGGAAGACCAGGCUUUCCCGGAAGCGCAGGCAAAAAGGGCAGCCCAGGAUAUCCAGGAAAGCCAGGCUUGAAUGGCCUGCCAGGCCCAGAGGGGAGCCUUGGAGACCCAGGUAUCCCUGGGCAACCAGGCCAGGUUGGCUCACAAGGUUCUCCGGGAAAUGCAGGCACCGUGGGCAUUCCCGGAAUGCCGGGCCGUGGCGUGAACGUGGGCUUCCUGCUCGUCAAGCACAGCCAGACGGAGCAGGUUCCGCAGUGCCCCGUGGGCAUGGCCAGGGUGUGGGACGGAUUCAGCCUGCUGUAUGUGGAAGGCAGCGAGAAGUCCCACAACCAGGACCUGGGCAUGGCCGGCUCCUGCCUGCCGCGCUUCAGCACCAUGCCCUUCGUCUACUGCAACAUCAACGAGGUGUGCAACUACGCGUCGCGCAACGACAAGUCCUACUGGCUCUCCACGACGGCGCCCAUCCCCAUGAUGCCCGUGGCCGAGGAGCAGAUCCGGCAGUACAUCAGCCGCUGCGCGGUGUGCGAGGCUCCGUCGCAGUCCAUCGCCGUGCACAGCCAGGACGUGAGCAUCCCGCCGUGCCCCACGGGAUACCGCAGCCUCUGGAUCGGCUACUCCUUCCUCAUGCACACGGCGGCCGGCGCGGAGGGCGGCGGGCAGUCGCUGGCGUCGCCAGGCUCGUGCCUCGAGGACUUCCGCGCCACUCCCUUCAUCGAGUGCAACGGCGCCCGCGGCACCUGCCACUACUUCGCCAACAAGUACAGCUUCUGGCUCACCACGGUGGACCCGGCGCGGCAGUUCGAGGAUUCGCCGCCGCCCGAGACCAUCAAGGCUGGGCAGCUGCGCACGCGCGUCAGCCGCUGCCAAGUGUGCAUGAAGAACCUCUGAUGGAGAAGCACCAUCCCCCCCCCCCGCCCCCGCCCCCGGACUGUAGCGGCAGAGGCCCCGUAAAACUGCAAGCGACGUCGCGUCGUCGGCUGAACGGCGAGCAGUUUUAAUUCCGUUUCCGUUAUUAUUUUAAAGCCGUGUAAAUGUUUAUAUCAGGGGGAUUUGAAGAGGUAUGCUCGCGCAUCGUGGAAUUAACGGUUUAAAGAAAAACGUGUUUUAAUCGUGCCGUGUGUUUUCCUUAUUUCCUUUUUGGCGGCAGUGCGACUGCGUGAUUGCGCAAUGUGCACCGAUCGAACACAUCGGCAAGACCACGCUUCGCGGGGAUUUUCGAUCGCUGACCCUUUUUACCUUUCGAGCGAGCCGCUGGGUGCCGUGCCUUGACGUUCGCACAGAGACAGCGCCGUGUAGAGGUGUGCUCUUGUCGCGUCGAGGAAGCACUUUUCCCAAAGCGUCAGAUCUGUGACGGGCGCUGGGCAGGGAAAUCAUCGGCGUGCGGGCGGACGGCGGCUGCUGCUUGUCGCCUUGGUUGCGUUGCAGCUAAACACGGCGCUCGUCGGGCAGUCGAAUUAGGCGCCCAAAGAGAAUAGUGCAAAAUGAAGUAAGAAAACGUAAUGAUAGGGACACUUAUGAAUACAAUUGUACUUUUUAAUCAAUUGAAAAGGCCAACAGCUCGCAAGAUAGCUUGUGUGUGUGUGUGUCACUGCAGAGAGCACACGUUUAGUCAAAAGUACCCAAGGUGCAGAAAGGAAGUGAAUGCAUCCAUCCAGUCUCGUUUUUCGUUCCUUUCACAUCCGCAUAUCCUAUCAGCGAUAAGUCCAGGUUAUCCUGCAAGCCAGAGCAGUCAACACGUCGGCCCGUUACCUCGUCGCGAUCACCAAUGUAUUUGGGUGCUCAAACUAAACAACCUUGAAAUCGCCUCGUCCGUCAGUUUGUCACCUCUCGGUCCGUGGAGGUGCUCAGAUAGGUGGGAUGUGGAGGGGGCGGGGGGAGCCCAUUGGCCGACUAUCGCAUUGACCGCUGAGCGAGAAGCUUUCCCCAUUGGCCACCAAAAUCUCAUAUCGAGUCAAACAAAAACUGAAAGCAUCCUCCCUGCCCUUAAACGUUACCGCCACGCUGGCCCGCCAAUGUUUUAUUUGUUAACAUGUACUGUCGAUCACAUCGUGCUCAGUCCUGACGUGUUCGGUUUCGGACGAUUCGUCGCGAUCGUUAACAUAUUGGGGUUAGAGGUUGUCGCCCAAAUGGCUCGUACGAUGGGAGUGGGUGCACGAGACCACAUUUGAGUGGCGCAUUGUUUUGGCACAGUUCCACUCGGUCUGUACGCAUGGCACGAGAGUAGAACACACGGCGCACAGCCCCUGUAAUACGUAUGUACUGUAUUUCUAAUAGGCCGAGCUUCGUGUCAGUGGGGGGCUGGGUGGGGGUCCUUUGUAGCGGUCUCAGAGGGCGCUUGUUGUUUAAGGUUUGCGACCGCUGUGCCGUGUGGCUGGGUGAAUGUCACUCUUUUAUUUUAUUUUUCUACAAUGGUGCUCAGAAGAUAUGCUUCCAGGAACGAGAGGGUGAAGGAAAGAAAAGCCCUCGUAUGACAGCAUCAUGACUUGGCAGUCAUAACAAGUCGUAAACACAAUCACCGCGCGGCUCUGUAUCGUUUUUGGCGGAAGGCUAAGAGAUGGGAAAAGUCUCAAAAUCAUAAACCCCUAGACGUAAAAAAGAUCUCAAUAUUUUUGUGUAUGUGUGUACGUUUUAAUUCCGGCUGCUGCUUACCGGUGAACAUUAUCACUGUCAACAUUACACACGUGAGGUUCAAUUGUCUGCGAAGGCUGGGGUGAUUGAGUCGCCUGUAUGAAGACAUCCUUCACGGCCUGUGGACUCUCUCGCACAGCCACGGCGACGGGAGCAUCAAAAGACUGUUCAGAAUGUGCUUGUGCCCUGGGCCUCACACAAUCGAGGGCUCACAACAGGAAGGCGUGUGUAUUUGUCACGAAUGAAAUAGGUAGGCCCCAGGUAGAGCUAGACUGCCCCCACCCUCACCGCGGAUUUAUCCAUGGAAAAUCCUAUUAUCCACGCAUUAAAUCGAUCAAUCUUUAUUUUACGUGCCAAUAUCAGCCCUCGGUGAAGUUGGCAUCAGUGCACAUGACAGCGGAUCGGGAACGGUACCAGGGGCAUGGAACAACAGAAAUGAGAAAAGAGAAACCCGUCACGUGCCAUAAGCGGCCAACGCCAACCGAGCAAAGUAAAUUGCAAACGCGCGCAAAAUAUAAAGUGCAACCGUGCGGCAACGAAUCGCAUAGGAAAAUUAAUUGGUAAAUAAAUUAAAAGUAAAGACGGUUUUUGUUUAACUGUUUUUUUUUCGUUCAUCCCAAGAUCAACGCUGACCUCGAACAGGCGGCAAAUUAUUCCUGAAUUUCUGUGCUUACCGCAGUUGAGUCACCCAGGCAACCCGCUAAUUCACCCAACCACGGCUUCAACUCGCUCCGUCCACACACAUCAAGCAAAAGGGAUUUCCUUCCACGGGUCGUUCACUGAAAGCCAAAGUUCCUUCCACUCGGGGCAUUAUUUUUUUUUGGGGGGGGGGGACGACAUCAACUCUCGCCGGCAACUGUCACCGGCAAUCAUUGUGGACCGUUGCCGCUGUUUCGCAACGUAAACAAAUUAGUCGCCCAAAUCUGGGCGAAGUUGAAUCGCUGCUCCGUCUGGUGGGCGCAAUCGCGACGGUAACUUCCGAUCAAAUCGCAGACACGGGGGAGAGGGCGGUGGUGCACAUGGCGACCUUGAAGUUAUUGUGCUCCGUGAACCAAUCGCAGUGAAUUAAAAAAACACGCGCGCGCGUGCGUGCGUUCCGUGGACAGACCGAACGAACUCCCGUCACCUCUCAAUGCCAUUGCCGCACAAAGUGGCCGUGGUUACUCCGGAGUAAAUGCGUUUUCCCGGUCAUGAUUGUUUGGCGACUUAUUGCCGUGAAAUUGCCCCGAGCGUUUCGUAAGUAAGUAAAGCCUUUGCUGUUGUUCGUAUCCAGGGGCGACCGGGCCCAAGGGCCCUUUCGCUACUGGAGCACAGGCUCCUGCAAAGUCAGUGUUUCAAAAACUCAGGACACAGGAGAUGGUGGCAGGCACAGCAUUCCGAUGUGGGAGGUGUGGGCCUCAAAGUCCACCGACAGGGCCACCACACCUAAGGUCCUAAAGUUGUUGUGCCCCAUGCGACAGAAAUUAGAGCAAUUAGAGCACUUGUUCCCAUCAGCACGUGUAAUGUUGGCUUUUGUUUUUUAACUGUCUUCACGUGGCUGAGCAUGGCUAAACUUAAGUGUUAUUUGUCUUUGUUUCUAUGAGGAAAACAAAUGUCGACUUUCCAGCGCAAAAUUACCCCCUGUGGCAAGACUAUCGAAGAAACUGGGAAAACAUUUGACGCUUGAGUAACCGACGUAUACACUACGGUUGAUGAUUACAAAACAAACGAGAUUUUUAUUGCAAAAUCCACUAUAUAAUUUUAAAAUCUGUAUUUCCAUCUAAUCUUGCUUUUAGGGAGAAAAUGUUUUUUGCGUCACAGACUUUGUAAACUUCCUUUUCCCGAGGCACAAUUCAAUAAUCGUUUCAUUAAUUAGCAUUUACCUUUGUACACGUUUAAAAACUGCUUCGUGGAGGCUGUACUCAAACAUUAAGUUGUGAACAUGGCGAAAUGUACGUCGACUGACGGGCCUGUUUUAACUACUGUAGAUAUACUCGCAGAGUGUAGCAGUCUAUAUUUAGUAACAGUAUGCAUUUAGUAACAGUCUAUAUGUCGCACCCUCUCCAUCCCCAUGCAUGCAUCCACCUCACGGUGGUGUCAGUGGACGACUAGCACAGAGCAACAUGGUGCAUACAUUCCCUUUGCUCAUCUUCACAUACAGAAAAUAAAAAAAAAUCAGCCUCCCCUUUGAGAAAUUAUCUCUGUUCCCUCCACCACUACCCUAAAAAAAAGUCUGGAACUCCCUUUCCCCUGCCGUCCGUGCUAUCGAAUUCCUGCCUCUCUUCAAUUCCACACUCAAGACCCCUCACUUUUUUUUUCUGCACGUGACUGACUUCCCGUCUCUCUGCAUCAGUAAAUCUUGCCGCUGUGUCUCUUAUCAAGUGUUUUGAGACGCAGUCACGUGCACACGCUGUGUAAAAACAAAGUGUGUUGUAAUUCAUAUUCUUGGUUCUUUCGGUAAAGUCACGUAGAAGGGAAACAAUAAAAUAAGAAAAAUAUAAAACAAUAAAAUUUUCACGAAUAUGAAUCCCUGUAGUCACGAAAGCUUUACAUCAAAAAUGUGUUGUAAUUGUUUUGGAAUUGACCUUGCGACCUCCAGUUUGCACACUGACUUCCAAACCAAUGGCAACACUCUGUGGCCUUCACAACAAUAAUUCCCAAAGCGAAGCACCGGGAUUUAGAAGACGUCGUGGCCCAUGUGAUGAUGUUGCAUCCUGGUAUGAUGAAAUUAUAUAGUAUAAACAAAAAAACGUAUCCUCAUCUACUGUCAAACCGUCCGCAAUGUUGAACGGGUAAUGCCACUGCAGCUCGCAUCAGGUUUGUGUGCACUACAGAAUCCAUAAGAAUCCACACAGGGCAAUCAGAAACUUGACAUACUUGAAAAGGACAUUAUCUACAUUUAAUGCGGUGCUCACGUGCAUUGCGUCGUUGUUUUUCAACCUUUUUUAGCCACCAAUUCUACGGUGACGCCCUUUGCGAAUCGAAUGCCGCGACUAAUUAGGGUGCAAUCACUUCAGACCGAAAUCCACAAUUCAUACCACUGUAGUAUGAGACUACCUGACAUGCCGCAAAAAAAGUGUUAUAUUAUUUGUUACACUGCAAUUGAAUUCGCCUUUUUGGAUGGAAAUUACAACAAAACGCAGAGGUAGAAUUUAAAUGAAUACCUUUGAAAGUACUUUAUUUUUUUUCCCCCGAUCUGUUUCUGAAGUGCCUUUAUUGCCGCCAGCAGAAAACCCUGCGCUGGUGAUGAUCGAAGUCUGCCGAAGAGCGAGAUGCUGCCACCGUUUAAAAGUGAAUAGACGCGGGCAGUUUGGUAUGAUUACACUCGUUCAAUGGGCAAAACAUAAGUAAAUGGAAGCAUGUGACGGGCUUUAAAAAGUCAGGUUUUUUUUUUCUAAGAUAACUGCAAAGUACAAUAUUGUACUGUAAAUUGUUUCUACAAAUGUUUUAAUAACAACAACAAAAAUAUCACCUUCGGUUACAGGAAAUAUGUAGAGAAUUUAAUGUUUUUUUUAUUUUUCAAAUGAGCUCAGGAAAAAAAAAUACACCAUUCCUUUAAUGCCAAAUUAAAUUAGCAUGAACAGCAAUCUGACAACGUCCUCUCGAGAGGCGGUCUGCACCAGCUGUGAAACAGCUGACAUCGUGCACAAGAUCGGAGCACUCCGGUUCCGUUUAAAGGUGACAAAUGUCUAUUUUUUACAUUUGAGAGCAUUUCAAUGUUACUUAAGAUAUUUCCAAUCCAGACUACUAUUUACUUUUUUCAGGAACAGUUCCAUAAGUAUAUCCCCCCCCCCGCCCCAGUAAUACACUCUGCUACUACUCCCAGCCACGACCGUUUAUAGCGUCUGGCUGAAGCCCCACAGUUAUCUCGUGUUUUGACAAAACUGACCUCCAGUUGAAAAUAAAUAUUACUAGACCUUCUGUCAAGGUGGUCACCGAGACAUUGUGUGGGUGUGUACACUUUCAUUAGAUGUCAUCAAAAGAAGUCACGUGCAUCGGCCAACAACUGUGAUAUUCACAUCUGCACCAAGGCCAGCAUCAUGGUCAUAUCUCCCAAUAUGAAACAAUACGCUAAAUAAUUAAACUGGGAUACUCUUUAUCGGUCGGGAGGUCGUGUGUGGGUGGGGUAAAUAAUAAUUGGUACUCCCAUCUCUUCUGAGACUUGCGUGGAAGAGUAAGCCAAAUGCCCUCGAGAGAGGCCCUCUAGAAGGGAUUUGGCAAACCUAUCUACCUGUAGAGUUCCAUGAAGUGGAGGCCCUUCCGCUAGCAGUCACGUGGGUGGGAUAUUCCGAGGCUGCACCUUUACCGAUUAUACAGUGAAAAUGCAACAAUAAAGUAUAAAUGUUGACAAACGCAUUUCAUGCACUUAGGUAGUAGAUACAUUUUUGGGGAAAUAAAGAAAAUGCUUUUACUUUGCCGCUAAAGAUCGCAACAUAAAUAUAUCAUUUACUUCGGCGCACGUGUGAAAUUAGACAUUUUAUGGUUUAAAACAAAAAUGGCAGGCUUUUCUUGACCACGUGACAAUAAGCUAGUGGCUAUUACAGCACAAAGAUAACAAGUUAAUGAAAUGCCUUGAACAUCUUUUGAGUGUUUUUUUUGGUCUUGCUUUAGUCGUACAGAUUUGUUUGAGCCACGAAAUGGUUGUUGUUUCCGUUAUGCAAAUUCGCGUUAACAAAAAAAUUGGUUCGGAAGAGAGGGUAUACGUUUUAAAUGUGAAACAUUUACCAUUGCUACGUACUGUCGUGUCUUUGUUGUAUGCCUCCUUUGUGUUUUUGACAAAAUAAGCAUCCAUUCAAGACGUGUUUAUUUACAAAAAUAUUCUCCAUUUCUUGGCAAAACGAACACACACUUAGCGUUAGACAAGCUGCCACGGUGCUUGGAAGAAUUCAUUAAAACCUGUGCUCGGGCAUAUGACUCCGCAAAAAAACCUUCACAAACUCACAGCUGCCUUUGCUUAUCCUUCAUUGGGGACAGACGUGGAAGGAAAUUAUUAAGUGAUAUAUGCAAGAAGAUUUAUUAUUAUAACACGAACAUUUUGAUAAAUGCUUGGUGGAACGAUUUAUACAGACAGUACUUGCCAUUUUCGUAUUUGACUUGGUGCUACAGACGAAACUAGUCCUAUUUAACGUACACGUACCGUAUUAUUGUACUUGAUGUGAUGCUCGAGUUUAUAAAAGCUAAAAUGUUAAAAAUGACAUUCUAUACGCUCGUUCGCAAUCAGGCCUAUUGUAAAUUGGGUUAAAAGAGGACCGCCCUUCAGUUAUGAGUAUAGUGUUUAAUAUUAAUUAUCUUUCUUUUCAGUUCCGCUAUUGAUAAAUGCAGUAAUAAAAUAUUAAUUGCGUGUAUAACUGUAAGGCAUCGCUCUUUUUGCCCAAGUUCUUGUGCCUAUGUAUUGAUUGCAAACAUAAUGUAUCGUGCAGUUUACUGCAAUCCCAUUGUUUUUUUUAUCUCAGAUAAUUAGUACUGUAAUUAUGGGUUAUUAAUAUCAGAUAUUCAUAUUGAUGUUGUAUUAAUGAUGCCUUAGCAAUGUUUGCAAAAACAUUCAAAAUACUGAAAAAACACAAUUUAUGUAAAGAAUCAAGACAAUUUAUCUCUGCUGUAAACCUGAACAACAUUGGUUAUGCUCUUCUUUGCAUAAAAUAUGAUGUGACGAGAACAUUGAAAAUCUAAAGCUAACCAGCUUUGACGCGUUUUAUUCAAUUGUUCUUCAUUAUUCAGCAAUCAAGCAGGACACUUUAUCUAAAAUUCCACACACGAUUGUUAUUGUGUUAAUAUUUUACAUUAAACGUUUAAUAUGCAAAGCUUAAAACACUCGCUUGGAAAAAGUUAAAAUCCAGCAUUGUUAUAUCCUAUCCAGUCUGUGUAAUUCUGAGAUGGCAUUAUAUUAAAAUCAAAUAAACAAUUGUUAACUAUA